GCCGCCAUGGCCGCGGUGCCCGUGCGGGGCCGGCGCGGGGCGCUCGGGCCGGGGGGAGCCGGGGAGCCGGAAUGCAAGCGGGUGUGCAGACUGAUGGACACCAUCCCACGGGAGGCUGGUACCCAGCUCAUGGAUUGUGCCAUGGAUCUGGAUUCCAGGCAGAAAUUCCUCCCUGACUCUGCUCCCUGGGCUGCAAAGACAAAGCAGAAUUCCAUGAUUUUGGAAAAUCAUGGGAGCAAAGGCACUUCCCAGCCAUGUCCAAGAUGUGUUGCUGGAGAAUCUGGCCACUUCAGCCACAUCCUGGGCUUCUAGAGCUGCAGAGGAGGCCGAGGAGCAGCUCUGCUUUGCUGCUGCAGUCCUGAGGAUGCAGCUGGCUCCUGGAUCCUGCACUGCCCUGCCUGGCUCAGCACAGCCACACCGCCCUGCUGCCACUCAGGGCACAAUUAUCUGCAAUUUUACACCUGCUCCAAGUGCUCCUGCUCCUCGGGUAGCUCAGGAUUUGUCUAAAAGGGACAAGGAAUGGUUGGUUUCAUUUUUCGGUAGCUCAGGAUUUGUUGAAAAAGGACAAGAAAAGGCUGAUUUAAUGUUUUAGACUGGUUCAGUUGAGCUGGCCUUGGGCCCAGGCUUCACCUGGGACUGGGCCAGAGGUUGUGUUGUUUCCAAAGGUUUUCCCAACAGUCCUGACUCCCUUGGAAUAUGCUCCUUUGGAAAAUGCUCCUUGUACAGGGCCACAGGCAGGAAUGGGAGGACACAAAUUUUAGUUUUUAAGUGGCUUUGCAGCUGUGAAGGCCAGGAAAAAUCCCAUUGAAGCUUACAUUUAAAUCCCAAAAAAAUCUGUUUAAAAAGGCUUGACCUCAUCAUCCAGCAGGCUUUUAUUGGCACAAAUCUAAUGACAGGUUAAUUAACCUCUUAAAGGUUAAUUUUGGGGGUUAUCAGGCUGCGAAAUCCUCAGGCAAAGGAUUUUUGCAGCCCUAGAAUCCUUCCCCUGUUGUGUAUGGAGUUGCAGUUAGCACUGAGUUGAGCUUUUAUAAAUCAGCUGGGCUGGAAACAAAUUGGAGUUUAAUUGUCUGCUCCAGGGAAGGCUUUUAAUAGUGAUAUUUUUUUAAAUAGAUGUGUUUGUACUUUAUUUUGUGAUUUUCCAGGAUCAUAAAGCUGGCACAGGCUGGGACAGUGAAUAUUCCUUUAAAGCAGAUUUGUGUCAAAUCUGCAGUGGAACCACAGAAUUAUUUUUGUAUGCCUUGCAGAACUCUGAAAUUUUGUUUUCUUGAUGAAAAAAGAGAUAAUCUUUCUAUUUCCUACUGCUGGGGUUUGUACACAGAAUAAGCAGAGUGAUGCUUUAUUUACCUGUACAUAGAGAGAAAGGCCCCUGGCCUGGUUUUAAUUCAGGUUAAAAGGAUCUAAUUGUUAUUUUUAACUUUGUAUUUUGUAAAUUGUUCCUUACAAAAGCAGAAGCAUUAAACACCACUUGGGCUGCAGCA